UAGGAAGGUAAAGAGAUAGGUAGGGCAAAUUGUCUCUUAGUGGAGAGGCAGAAAAAUGAUAGCUUCAGUCCUAUUCAUAUUAGAUGUGCACACAGUUAGGUAAAGUGUAGAAACAAAAUAGUGGACAGAAGGGGUAAGCUAAUUCGAUGAUUUUAUGCAGUGAAACGGAGCUGUUUGGGAAAUUGUGAAACAAGUCCAUAGGAUUCGGCAGAGAAAAACGUGCACACCGUUUUUACUCUAAUGGUUCUUCACCUGUUCGUCUAGAAGACAGCAAUAUGCAGGGUCUUGAGGAAUUACCAACAACUGUUUCUGAUGCAACAGUGGACACACCCGAGACAGAUUUUACUAAAGAUGAGGACCAAGUCUGGGAUGCAGCUCCAGAAUGUUCCAUUUGCUUCACCUCAUAUGAUAACACCUUCAAGACACCUAAAGUUCUGCAGUGCAAUCACAUGUUCUGUCUGGAGUGCCUGUCUCGCUUUGUUGCUGUUUCACCAGAACAAAACUCCACCCAAAUUGUCUGCCCCCUUUGCAGACAACCAACUUCUGUGCCUGAAAAUGGUCCACCAGCUCUCACCACCAGUCAGGAGGUUCUGGGGCAACUGCCCAGCCACCAGCAACAAGAGGAAAUUGUAUGGCUAGAUGGAGAGAGGCUCUGCUACUCAAAUCCACAGUCACCCAAUGGUGUCUGCAUUGACAUCGGGGGUAGCAAACAACAGAAUGAAAACCGACAGGAGGAAAUAGAGAAUAAUAGCAACAGACUGGGGAAUUGCACACGUCUGAUCAAAACAUGGCAGCGACUGCUGAUAUUCCUUUUGGUGUUGGUCAUACUGCUUGCCAUAGUCAUCUGGCCCAUCCAGUGCAUCUUCAAACAGGGAACAAUUUCAGGUUGCUUUAAGAAUCAGGACGAGCAUUUGACUACCUUAACUACAGUUUCAGCCAUUACAAAGAGGUAAAUGUUUCCAGGAUUCAAUUCUUCUGGCUGAACCUGCAGUGAGGUUGAGUUAUAGAUUUAAAUGCAAACUUUCUGAAGAAUAUUCAAGGACAGUGCCAUAGAUAUGUAAUUAUUACAAUCCAACUCUUCCACAAUCAGAGAUUGCUAAAUCAUGGACAUUGUGCACUCUGCCUUACAGUUUAAGUUUAAGUUUCUGGGAGCUUUAUGCAUGUUUUUCGUAUUAGUCUAAAAAAAAACAAAGGUGCUGCUAAGAUCAACUGAGCCAAAAAUCUAACAAAUUGUUAUAGAUAUACUGUUCUGGUUGAAAUCUUAAAUUAGUUUGCCUUCCAUUUGUCUUCCUGGUGUGGUUAUAACAAAACCUUGGAAUUUUAAUGUUGAUAUCUUUGCUCUUAGAAAUCAAUAUUAUAAAUCAGAUUUUGGAAAAUAAUAAUAUAGGUUCUUGGCAUUAUUCUACAGCUUAUAUUUACAUAAAUGUCCAUUUCACUACAUUUUAAGUUUGACUUUAAAAUAAAUAAAGUAAAAUAAACUAAAUUUAUUUACAUUCAAAUAAAAUUAUAUUCUUAAAUAACAACCCCAUUGGCAGGUAUACAUAAGAGCAGGGCAUAUAUUCAACAUUUUGAACUGAAGACAGUAAAGUCAGUAUUCCAAGGAACAUCUGUAUUAUACAAUGUACAUUACUGUUUAUAUGUACAGCAUUUGUCGAGAUUUAGAGCAGUGCUUUGUAGUCUUUAUGGAAAACAAUGUCAUACUUGUACAAAUAAUCAUUUUAUUGUUCAGAUUAAUGCAUUUAAUCAGUGACUCAGACCUUCGUUAAAGGAGGGGAAAUUUAUUCUCUCUCAUUGGUGCCAAUACUUCCAAGUACUUCCUUGUGCUGUGAGGGGUGGUGGCUUAUUUGUUGAAAUAUCUCCCAGGUGAAAGAACAAAUACUUCUAUACACUAAGCCAAGGGCAUAUUAUUGAGAGGUCAAGCAAUUUUAGUAAAUCAUAAUAUUUUGCCUUCUGGUGAUCUACUCCAACAUUCAAUGAUUUCUCCAUUUUCCAAAAGAAACAAUCCGGUCAUGUCACUGCUUCACAAGUAUUUGUGAAUGGCCAGAGUGUGGAAAUGUAAAUGUUCCAGGUUGUGUUAUGUAUGUACUAAAAUGUUAACAGUGAUGUAAAGGUGGCGGUCCUGUGCUACAUAAAACAAAAUGCUUUAUAAAAGACCUUUAUAAAUGAUUACUCGCACACACUUUGUCAUACUGACCAUAAAGCCAAUUCCAUUUCUUUGGAUUUGUAUCCUCAAGAAAAUAAAACCAUUAAAAGAUGA